UCACUUAAACUUGCAUGGUUCUAAAAAAAUGUCAAUAGUUUCAUUUUUUUAAUAUUUUACAAUCUCCUAGGUUGCUAGCAUAAUCCCAUGUUUGCAUCCCUGUGUUAGUCUUGUCCAUUCCUUUUUGCGGCUUGCAAAUGGAGAAUUCAGCAGAUUUGGAGUUGAAGAGUCUGAUGAAUGAGCUAACACAAGGAAGAGAACUGGCUGAGCAGCUACGGAUUAGUCUCAAUACGUUGUCUUCUUCAGAUGAAAGUUGCGAAUUCUUGAUUCAGAGAAUCAAAAAUUCGUAUGAGAAAGCCUUAUCCAUGCUCAACAAUGACGAUGAUCUUGAUCGAGAAUUCAAGGAAUAUCAGAACACAACUAGGAAGAGAAAGGCUAUGACUACGUCCACGAAGAAAGUUCAGUUAUGCCCAGGGAUAGGACUGGAAGAACAGCUUGAUGAUGGCUAUAGUUGGAAAAAAUACGGGCAAAAAGACAUCCUUCGGGCCAAAUAUCCGAGAGGCUAUUAUCGAUGCUCACAUGGACGUGGUAAAGGUUGUACAGCUACGAAGAAAGUUCAAAGAUCCAAUAACGAUCCAUCAGUUGUCGAAAUCACUUACAUAGGAGAGCACACAUGCAACCAUGUUUCUAGCUCGAAUCCAACUCCAACAUUACCUGAAAAUGACAUCUUCCCGGAUACUAACCAGUCAUUUCAAGCCUUCAACAGCCUUCCAUCAUCAAGCAUUAUUCCCGAAACUUACAUCUUCCAUAAUGCUAUGAUGGAUAACGAUGUUUUGGGUACAUUCACGUCUCCUACAACUUCUGUAUCAACCUAUUUUGCGAUUUCACCUACCCUUACGAGCGAUUAUGGAGGAAACAAUGCACAAGCUUCACAAUCUGAAGCCAUCGCUCCGUUCACUUCAUCAGCCACAUCUUCGGGUAUAAACUCUCCCGUCGUUGGUUUAGACUUUCCAUUUGCUCCAACAGAAAUUGACUCGAACUUUCCCUUUGGCAGUCUUGGAUUCUUUCCUUAACUCCAUGUACUAAUCACUAAGUUAGAUUAGCUAGACGAAGUGAGCAGAAUGCCACGUUAUCCAAGAACUAGAAAAUAUAUACGUUGACUCAACCGUCAAUAUCACUAGCAUAUGAGAAGCUAGUUAGAUUAUACCUAUGUAACAAUUUUGUUAUUGUUCUUACUCUUUUUUCGCCCUCUAAAUUUGAGUUUAUAGAGAA